AUGGCGUACGAUCCAUGCGACUGCGACCGGCCGCCGGUGCACAACAAACCCACCCAAGAACUGGUGCUCUGUUUCGAUGGCACCGGGAACACGUUUCGGGUGGACGGAGGCGAGAGCAAUAUCCUCAAGAUCUUUCGGAUGCUGGACCGCAGCAAAGAGAAUCGAUCCGGCAUCGGCACCGACAUCACCCCCGGCACAUUCGCGAACGUCGCCUUCCGGCCCUUCAGCAACCUGCCGGCCAGCAAAGUCAUCGACCAAGCCCUCGCGACCUCCUUCGACCAACACGUCAUCGGCGGCUACCGCUUCCUCGCACGACGCUGGCGGCCCGGCUCCCACAUCUACCUCUUCGGCUUCUCGCGCGGGGCCUACACGGCCCGCUUCCUGAACGAGAUGCUCGACUUCGUGGGCCUGAUCUCAGCCGACAACGAAGAACUGAUCCCCUUCGUAUGGCAAGCCUUCCUGUCGUGGAAAUACGCGCACGGGGAGCGGGAAGCGCGGCAAGCGGACAACUUCCUCCGCCUCUGCCGGGACACGAUGUGCCGGUCCGUCGGCCUGGUGCACUUCCUGGGACUGUUCGACACGGUCAACAGCGUCGCGGAGUUCAACAAGGACGUGCUCAAGGACAUGGAGACGAUGCCCCGCCCGCGCUACAUGCGGCACGCGGUGAGCAUCGACGAGAAGCGUAUCAAGUUCCAGCCCGUGCUGUUCGAGCGGCUGCGCGGCGCGCACGCCAAGAAGGGCCGCGUGAGCACCUGGGCCGAGCGCGCGGAGCAGCAGUUCUGGGGCGUGCCGUUGAGUCCCGUGCUUGAUACGGAUUUCGAGGAGGUGUACUUCGCGGGGGAUCAUAGUGAUGUCGGUGGCGGGCAUCCCCCAGCUUAUUCCGGGGAAGGGGCCAGGGCGUGGCCGGUUAGUCAGAUUCCGUUGAUGUGGAUGGUGCAGGAGGCCACGCAUGUCGGGUUGACGUUUGAUCCGGUGCAGUUGCAGGAGCUGGGGUGUUAUCUUCUGAUGGAAUUCGACCCCGCGAUCGUGCACAUGGCCGAACGCGCCCCGCUGCACGACUCCCUCGAGUACGACUCCGGGAAAGGCGUCGAGACGCUCUUCUGGCGGCUGCUGGAGUGUCUGCCCAUGAAACGCCCCAAGGUCAACCGCGACGGCUCCGUGAAGCAAACCCGGUGGCACGUCGGGGGCCUGCGGCGGCCGCUGCCAGACGGGGCGCGCAUCCACGCCAGCGUCAUCCACCGGCUGCAACAGGACCCGGAGUACCGGCCGUACAACCUGGGGCUGGGGCAUAAGCGGCAUCAGAUCGAGCGGCGGGAUAUCGGGCAGUGGCGUCGGAUGCAGCAUGGGGGGCUGUGCGAUUACUACGUGCAGGUGCAGGGGCCGUUGCCCGGGGGGAGUGUGGGGGCGUCGCGGUGUGCGUCGCGGAAGAGCACGGCUUAG